AUUUUGUAACAUUCUUGGAGAUUAUGAAGUAGAUCAAACAAAUAGUACACAAACAGAGACUGGCCUUAAUGUAAUAGUUCCAACUGCUAAUACUUCUAUGUUUGGAAUUAAUAAUGCUUUGGAUUUUCUUCAAAUUGAUAAUAUCAUUGAAAAUUAUUUUGAACCAAUAUCAGAAGCUAAUAACGAAUUUGAUAUAGAAAUAACAGAACAUGACGAUGACACUGAUACAUUCACAUAUUGCAUGGAUGAGGUAGAAAGAUAUAUUUCUACACAAUUUCGAAAUGCUAAGUCAUCUGAUGAACCCGUAAAAUUUGCAUUUGAUAUUGAAUUGGAUUCAGGGCUUUUAGAUGCUGUUGCACUUACUAACACAAAUAUUUCAGAUGCAAAUUUUGCUCUUAGAAAUCCUGUUGUGGAGGGUAGUCGUUCAAGUAAUUUGCAGAAUACAUCAAUAAUAACACAUGAAAGUAAAAUGGAAGAAAGAAAAGAAAAAUACACCUACUACGCAAAGAAGUUUGAGAAGGUAUUAGAAUUGUAUAAAAGAGAGAUAGAUAAUGACAAUUUUGUAAAAAACUUUGAUACCUUAGUAGGACCAUUUGUAAAAGCAGUUGGUGAAUGUGAAGAAGCCUUGCAAGCUCGUAAUCAGCAAGGCACACAAAGAUUAGGCAAUAAAAAGCUUGCUUUUUGGUUGC